AUGGUUGGUACAGGUGGCCCAGUAGCCACUUUCUCUGUGUGGGAUUAUGUGGUGUUUGCUGGAACAAUUUUGGUGUCAGCUGGCGUGGGCCUUUUCCAGGCCAUCCGAGGCCGCAAGGAGACCAGCAGCGCUGAGUUCUUGCUGGGUGGACGGCAAAUGACAGCUGUGCCGGUUGCAAUGUCGCUCACAGCCAGCUUUAUGUCUGGCAUCACAGUCAUCGGCACACCAACUGAGGCCUACCGGUUUGGAGCUGCUUUCUGGCUCUUUGGCUUCUCCUAUGCCAUCAUGUCUGCCAUCACUGCUGAGGUCUUUGUCCCGCUUUUCUACCGACUGGGGAUCACCAGCGCCUAUGAGUACCUGGAGAUGCGCUUCAGCAAGCCUAUUCGGAUAAUUGGAACAUCUAUGUACAUCGUUCAGACGGCCCUGUACACUGGUUUGGUAAUCUAUGCUCCAGCUCUUGCACUAAAUCAAAUCACAGGGCUUGAUCUAUGGGGAGUGCUGGUGGCUACAGGAGCAGUGUGCAUCCUCUACUGCACUUUGGGCGGCCUGAAAGCAGUAAUCUGGACAGACGUGAUGCAGAUGGUGACCAUGCUGGCAGGUUUUGUGGCUGUUAUAGCUAGAGGAGCUGUAGUGCAGGGAGGCCUGACGAAGAUUUGGGAAGACGCCGGCGAAGGAGGCCGACUAGAGGCAUUUGAUUUUGACCCAGAUCCUCUGAAGCGUCAUACUUUCUGGACUAUCAUAGUCGGUGGCAGCAUCAUGUGGGUGUCCAUCUACUCAAUCAACCAGUCCCAGGUGCAACGCUACAUCUCCUGCAAAACCUUGCGACAUGCCAAGAUGUCUUUGUAUGUGAACAUGGUUGGCUUGUGGGUAACCGUGAGUCUGGCCGUGUUUUCAGGCCUCACCAUGUACUCCAUUUACAAGAACUGUGACCCAUUUACAAAUGGUGAUAUAAGCUCCCAGGACCAGCUGCUGCCCUACCUUGUGAUGGAUAUUCUGGCAGACUACCCUGGAAUCCCUGGCUUGUUUGUGGCUGCUGCAUACAGUGGUACCCUUAGCACGGUGUCUUCCAGCAUUAAUGCCCUUGUUGCUGUCACUGUGGAAGACUUUAUUCUUCCCGUGUGCAAAAACCUCACAGAGAAACAGGUCACCUGGAUGAACAUGGGCCUAAGUGUAUUCUUUGGUGCCCUGUGUAUUGGAAUGGCUGGAGUUGCUUCAUUGAUGGGAAGCAUUUUGCAGGCAGCUCUGUCCAUAUUUGGCAUGAUCAGUGGACCUCUUCUCGGUCUUUACCUUUUAGGCAUGCUAUUCCGCACAACAAAUUCCAUAGGAGGACUUUCGGGAAUGAUCAUUGGUCUUGUGUUGACUCUGUGGGUGGGGAUUGGAGGCCAGAUUUAUCCAGCAACAAGUGAAAAGACAAAUCCUCUUCAAGUCAGCACUGCGGGCUGCAACAACACUAUGGGCCAAAACUACACAACGACAGCUCCGUGGACCAGUCCUCUGACCUCACAGCCUGAUGUGAGGCCACCUCUGGCAGACUCCUGGUACUCUCUGUCCUACGUCUAUUUAUCUCUCUUGGGGACACUGACCACAAUGGUGUCUGGCCUGCUGGUGAGCAUGGUCACAGGUGGAUGCAAGCAAGAAAAAAUGAACCCUGAUCUGUUUGUGAAGAGGAGUGAUCUGUUCUGCUUCGGCUGCAGUAAUAAAUCAGAGGCAUCAGAAGUCCCAGAAAAGGCUACAACAGAGUUUCAUAUGGAAGCUGACAACCCAACAUUCACAGACUUUGACAUGACGAGUAAAGACGCUGAAAAAGCCACCAAACUGUAA